GAGAUCAGCUGUGCUUCUCUGGCCUCAGCUCUGAAGUCCAACCCCUCCCAUCUGAGACACCUGGACCUGAGUGGAAACAACCUGCAGGAUUCAGGAGUGAAUCAUCUGUGUGGUUUUCUGCAGAGUCCAGACUGUGGACUGGAGACUCUGAGGUUGAUCAACUGCAGUUUGUCAGAGAUCAGCUGUGCUUCUCUGGCCUCAGCUCUGAAGUCCAACUCCUCCCAUCUGAGACACCUGGACCUGAGUGGAAACAACCUGCAGGAUUCAGGAGUGAAGCAUCUGUGUGGUUUUCUGCAGAGUCCAGACUGUGGACUGGAGACUCUGAGGUUGAGGGGCUGCAGUUUGUCAGAGAUCAGCUGUGCUUCUCUGGCCUCAGCUCUGAAGUCCAACCCCUCCCAUCUGAGACACCUGGACCUGAGAGGAAACAACCUGCAGGAUUCAGGAGUGAAGGAUCUGUGUGGUUUUCUGCAGAGUCCAGACUGUGGACUGGAGACUCUGAGGUUGAGUUGCUGCAGUUUGUCAGAGAUCAGCUGUGCUUCUCUGGCCUCAGCUCUGAAGUCCAACCCCUCCCAUCUGAGACACCUGGACCUGAGUGAAAACAAGCUGCAGGAUUCAGGAGUGAAGCAUCUGUGUGGUUUUCUGCAGAGUCCAGACUGUGGACUGGAGACU